CGGAUCUCUACCAGACCCAUUCUCAUUCAGAAAUGAAGCUGAUGCUUGAAGACGAUCCACCAUUCACGAACUUGAGGUUGAAUUCCAAACUUUUUCCCCUUUUCUAUCAGGUGCAGCAUUUUUUGUUGUAUCACCCACCUAAGUAAGCGAAAGAGCACUCUUUAAGCUUCAACUUCUUCAUUAAUGCAUCGUGUUUUAGAAUCAGUACUAGGACUAGCACAACUUCUUCAUCAUCUUCUCUUGCAUUAAAAACGAAAAGUUAUUCCUUCGCAACGCACCAGAAAAUGGCAUUCGGACGUAAGUGGGCAGACAUCCAGGACGACGAGCCGGCGCACCCGGUUCCGCAGACGCGGUCCCGAUGGGCCGACGUCGAGGAGGAGGACGACUUUGUCGGCGGCGCGCCGCAGCGGUUCCGCCCGGCCGGCACGGGGGCGGACGACAAGGGGAUUCGGACGGAAGUGGAGUACACCGAACGCAACGGGAAAGCGGUGAAGCUGAUCACGACCUACCAACAGAAGAAGGUCAUCAAGAAGUCAAACAAGUUCGUGGACGAGCGCAAAAAGUGGAAGCCGUUCGGCCCCUGCACGGACCCGGCGAAAUUCGCCGACUUAUCAAAUGCAAAAGUGUCUGGGUCUGGAAGAUUCUAAACUUGUGAUGCUGGUGUCUCUGGAUUCAAAAAAAAAUUGUAUUGCAUGACCAGAAAGAGGACUCCAGUUUGUGCUACGCGGAGAGGGCAUUUCUCAUGCGAAAUAGGCAUUAGUAAGCCCUCUAAAAAAUAUCUGGGAUGCUAGGGCAUGCAUUACAGACAUUAUGGGUCAUGCAAAAUAUGCAUGACAAGUCUGGCAUUCUUCCAGACCCAGACAUUUUUGCAUUUGAUACGACUACGGUGGCAACAAACCGGUGCGCGCCGAGGAGGAAGUGCAAAUCGAGAUGAACAAGGAAAAACAGAUGAAAGCUUUGGGUACUACAAUCAUUUUGCAUUCGACAUCAAAUAAAGUGGCGAAGUAGUCGCGUUGUUGUUUGUGAUACACAGCACAUGAAGAUCUUCAGACACUAACACUGUUUCUAUACAAUAAUUCUUCCAACUGAUACUGAUAGCAAGUAGCAAGAAAACCAAAACGACCGCGCAUGAUACUUCUAAAUCGAUGAAACAUGAAUUAUGAAACAGGCCAAGACGAGAAGUUCUGGGAGCAGUCGGUGGUUUUGUGCGAGACCAUUCUGAACGACGCGAAGCGCAAGCGGUACGACGCCAACGAGAUGCGGCGCAAGCGCGAGCAGGAGUUCCAGGCGCAGCAGGCGGAGCAGAAGGCCGCGGGCAUCAUCGCCACCGGCGGGCAGAAUUCCACCCUCGCGAAUAAGUACGUGCCGCCGUCCCUCCGCAAGGGCGACGGCCCGCAACAGGACGCGAGGAACGAGAACACCCUGCGUGUCUCCAACUUGUCGGAGGACACCCGCGAGGGCGACCUGCAGCAGCUGUUCGGCCGGGUCGGCCACGUCACCCGGGUGUUCAUGCCGCGGCACAAGGAGGGCGAAAAGGAGGGCAUGCACAAGGGCUUCGCCUUUGUGCAGUUCCGCGACCGGAAGGAUGGCGAGCGGGCGAUCAAGCAACUCAACGGCCACGGGUACGACAGUCUCAUUCUCCAGGUCGGCUGGGCUCAGCCGAAGGCGAACUAAGAAUACCUUUAGUGGUCGCUGUCGGGCAUAAUUAUCCAAUGAAUAGGAUUUUAGUUUUACUCAGGAGGAACGGAGUAGAACUUAGAGCAUCUAGAUGGGAAAGAUCACAACUACAACGCGGAGACCAACACGAUUACCAUCUUUCUACGACGAUUUUUUUGUUUCAUCAAGAUAAGAAGUUGUUUUCAUCAAGAUAAGGAUAACUACAGUUGGUGAAAGACUUAGAAUUCGAGGAGACGAGCAAUGAACGAAUCUAGAAGAUGAAGAUGCCCAGGCGAGCAUAGGAACAGCGCGUCUUGCUCUUCAAGGUUUCUGAAUCCUCGCCGCAUUAGGAUUCAGAAUGGGUGACUCGGAAGAGAUGGAAACAGAUGAUAACGUGCUUUCACACCAAUGAAAACCACUUUUUUUGCUCUAAACCCCAACAACACCUUUUCUGCAUCAGCUAUUAUUUUCAUUCUCCGCA